AUGGAUAUUCUGUGCCCCCUGCUCCAGUUUCUGCUCGCUGUCUUGUGGACUGGUGCAGGAGCUCUGAUCAACUUGAAGUAUUCCGUGGAAGAGGAGCAAAGAGCUGGUACUGUGAUUGCAAACAUUGCCAAAGAUGCCCGAGAUGCAGGCUUUGUGCUGGAUCCUCGGCAACCCGCUGCUUUCCGAGUGGUGUCCAACUCGGCGCCGCACCUGGUGGACAUCAACCCUGGAUCAGGGUUACUAGUGACCAAGCAGAAGAUUGACCGGGACUUACUUUGCAGGCAGAGCCCCAAGUGCGUGAUCUCUUUGGAGGUCAUGUCAAGCUCCAUGGAGAUCUGUGUGAUCAAGCUGGAGAUCAAGGACCUCAACGAUAAUGCUCCCAGUUUCCCCACAGAUCAAAUUGCGCUGGAGAUCUCCGAGACAGCCAGCCCAGGGACCAGGGUACCCCUGGAAAGUGCUUAUGAUCCAGACUCAGGCAGCUUUGGAGUGCAGAGCUAUGAGAUCACCCCCAAUGACCUCUUCGGCUUGGAAACCAAGACGCGAGGAGAUGGUUCUCGCUUUGCAGAGCUGGUGGUGGAGAAGAGCCUGGACCGAGAGACCCAGUCUCAUUACAGCUACAUGAUAACAGCUCUGGAUGGUGGUGACCCACCCAAUUUUGGAACAGUGGAGUUAACUGUCAGAGUCAUUGACUCCAAUGACAAUAAUCCUCUCUUUGAAGAACCAUCGUACGCUGUUAGUGUGCUGGAGAAUGCUCCGCUGGGUACACCAGUGAUCCGCCUCAAUGCCACUGACCCCGAUGAGGGCACCAAUGGGCAAGUCUUGUAUUCCAUCCACAGCUACGUAUCUGAAAAGGCCAGGGAUCUUUUCCAAAUCAACCCUCAGACCGGCCUGAUCACUGUCACUGGUGCAAUUGACUACGAGGAAGGUCAUGCCUAUGAACUGGACGUACAGGCAAAAGAUCUUGGUCCCAACUCUAUCCCAGCACAUUGCAAGGUGACUGUCACUGUGCAGGACGCCAAUGACAACCCCCCUCUCAUUAACUUGCUCUCUGUUAAUAGCGAGCUGGUGGAAGUCAGCGAGAAUGCCCCUCCCGGCUAUGUAAUUGCCUUGGUGAGAGUGUCCGACCGGGAUGCUGGUGCUAAUGGCCGGGUGCAGUGUAAACUGUUGGGCAACGUACCCUUCCGCUUACAGGAGUAUGAGAGUUUCUCUACUAUCCUCGUGGACGGGCGUUUAGACAGGGAGCAGAGGGACCAGUACAAUCUAACCAUCCAAGCGAAGGAUAAUGGGGUCCCUUCUUUGCAGGCCACAAAGUCCUUUACUGUCAAGAUCACAGAUGAGAAUGAUAACCACCCCCACUUUUCCAAACCUUAUUACCAGGUCAUUGUACAGGAGAACAACACCCCUGGGGCCUACCUCCUUUCUGUUUCUGCCAGGGAUCCUGAUCUCGGUCUAAACGGCAGUGUCUCCUAUCAGAUUGUCCCAUCCCAAGUAAGGGAUAUGCCGGUUUUCACCUAUGUCUCCAUCAAUCCCAACUCAGGGGACAUCUAUGCUUUGAGAUCCUUCAACCACGAGCAGACCAAGUCUUUUGAGUUCAAGGUCUUGGCCAAAGAUGGAGGCAACCCUUCCUUGCAAAGCAAUGCCACCAUCCGAGUUAUCGUCCUGGAUGUCAAUGACAACACCCCUGUGAUAACAGCCCCUCCUUUAGUCAACGGGACUGCAGAAGUGUACAUCCCCAGGAAUGCUGGGGUUGGCUACUUGGUGACCGUGGUCAAGGCAGAUGACUAUGACGAAGGGGAGAAUGGGAGACUUUCCUAUGAGAUGGCCGAAGGGGACAGAGGGUUUUUUGAGAUUGACCAGGUCAACGGUGAGAUAAGGACCACUAGAGCAUUUGGGGAAAAUUCCAAGACUACGUAUGAGCUGAUCGUCGUGGCCCACGACCAUGGGAAAACAUCGCUUUCAGCAUCUGCCUUGAUUUUGAUAUAUCUUUCUCCAGCCCUGGAUGCCCAAGAAUCCAUAGGAUCUGUUAAUUUGUCCCUGAUUUUUAUUAUUGCUCUGGGUUCAAUUGCUGCCAUUCUGUUUGUCACCAUGAUCUUCGUAGCUGUCAAGUGUAAACGGGAUAACAAAGAAAUCAGGACCUACAACUGCAGAAUUGCAGAGUACUCCUACGGGCACCAAAAGAAAUCCUCCAAGAAGAAAAUCAGCAAGAAUGACAUCCGCCUGGUGCCCCGGGAUGUAGAGGAGACUGAUAAAAUGAACGUGGUCAGUUGUUCCUCCUUGACAUCAUCCCUCAACUACUUUGACUAUCACCAACAGACUCUGCCUCUGGGUUGCCGCCGAUCAGAAAGCACCUUUCUCAACGUGGAGAACCAAAACAACCGGAAUGCAGGCCCCAACCAUAACUACCACCACACCUUCACUGGUCAGAGUCCCCAGCAGCCAGAUCUCAUUAUCAACGGGAUGCCUCUUCCAGAGACUGAAAACUACUCAUUUGAUUCCAACUAUGUGAACAGCAGAGCUCAUUUAAUCAAAAGCAGCUCAACAUUCAAAGAUUUGGAGGGGAACAGCUUGAAGGACAGCGGGCACGAAGAGAGUGACCAGACGGAUAGUGAGCAUGAUGUUCAGCGAGGCCUGUACUGUGACACAGCUGUUAAUGAUGUUUUGAAUACCAGUGUCACCUCCAUGGGGUCUCAGGUGCCUGAACAAGAUCAGAGUGAAGGAUUCCACUGUCGGGAAGAGUGUCGGAUCCUUGGCCAUUCUGACCGGUGCUGGAUGCCCCGGAAUCCUGUCCCCGCCCGAGCCAAAUCUCCUGAACACGGAAGGAACGUCAUGUCCCUCUCUAUAGAAGCUUCCACUGUGGAUACAGAGCUUUACGAAGACUCUACUGCAAAGAGAACUUUUGCAACAUUUGGCAAAGACAGGAGUGAACCUGUUUCUGAGGAACGGGGACCGAUCAGUGCAAAAGGUAAAAGGACAUUGGAUCCACCCAUCUGUAGCCCAAAGGUCAAUGGGGCCAUCCGGGAGGCAGGGAAUGGUUGUGAAGCUAUCAGUCCCAUUACAUCGCCUGUCCACUUGAAGAGUCCCUCAUCUAGCAAACCAUCGGUGUCCUACAGCAUAUUUCACUGCCCGUCCAAUCGCAACUUAGAGCCGUUUGUAAGCAACGGUCCCUCCAGGCCUAUGGAAGCAGAGCCGAGGGGCGCAGACAGUGAGAACACCAUGCGUGAAGUUAACCCUCUUCUACAAGAAUGUAGGGAGAAAGACUCACCUGGCAUGAAGAGGCUAAAGGAUAUUGUACUCUAA